UCAAGUUUGUAGUAUUAUGUGAUAAUAUAGCAAUAGGGUUUAUUAUAGGCAUCUUGUUACCAAUUUUAUUAUUUAUACCUUACCAAUUUAUCUUUAGAAUUGUCUUGUUACCAAUUUAUACAAUUCUAAAUUUAUUGAAAUAAUUAUUUUAUCUAUUGUAUUACAGUUAGCAUGUUAUUGCCUUUAUUAACAAUUUGUAUAGCCAGCUCAGUCUUGGCUGUUGACAGAAACAACUUCAAAACAUGUCAACAAAGCAGCUUUUGCAGGCGUCAGCGAGCUGUGGUGCCCCACAACAGUCCCUACUCUGCCCUGCUGGAGACGCUCUCUCACUCGCCUCAGGCUGGUGUCAGUGUGGACGUACGCAAUGACCUCAACAGUGUUUUGUUCACACUGCAGCUUGUGCCCCUCAAGGACAAUGUGUUCCGCUUCAUCAUGGAUGAAAAAUCACCACUUCAUCCUCGCUUCAAAGAACCAUAUGCAGUCAUUGAAGACAACCUCAAAAUAGACAACUUUGAGGUAACAUCAAGUGGAGACAUUUUUACCGUCAAGUUUGGCAAGAUGCACGCUGAGGUCCACGCUAAGCCCCUGCUGGUGAACGUCUUCCGUGACCAGAAGCUCGUCGUGGCCCUCAAUGCUCGAGGCCUCCUCAAGUUUGAGCAAUACAGAAAGAAACCUCACGAAAUCCAUGAAGGGGAGGCUGUGAUGGAGGGAGCGGCCGCUGGGGAGGAGGAACCAAGCCACGCAGAACAGGAACUGAAUGAAGCUCUUCAGCCUCCUGCUGGUGAAGACCCUCUGGACGAGCCUGACAAAGAUGGUCUAUGGGAAGAGACCUUCAAAGGCCACACAGACUCAAAGCCUCGUGGCCCGUCCUCCGUCGGCAUGGACGUGUCCUUCAUGGGGGCCUCUCACGUCUACGGUAUCCCUGAACAUGCAGAUUCUCUGCCACUCAAAAACACCGCUUCUGGUGACCCAUACCGCCUGUACAAUCUUGACGUGUUCGAGUACGAGAUCGGUAACCCCAUGGCGCUGUACGCCAGCAUCCCUGUCAUGCUGGCGCACUCCCUGGACGGCACAGCCGCUGUCUUCUGGCAUAACGCUGCUGAAACUUGGAUUGAUAUUAAGCACUUGCCAGACACUAACGUAGUGUCGUCCAUCACGGGCUUCUUCUCUGGGGGCGGGGGAGGCCCCGACGCGACACAGCAGGUGUCCACGCACUGGAUGUCUGAGUCCGGCGUCCUGGACGUCUUCGUGAUGGCCGGGCCUGCGCCCCUAGACGUCUUCAGGCAGUACGGCACCAUCACCGGCACCACCAACCUACCCCCGCUGUUCUCGCUAGCGUACCAUCAGUGCCGCUGGAACUACAACGAUCAAGAGGACGUUGAACAAGUGCAUGCAAACUUCGACAAGUAUGAUGUGCCCAUGGAUGUUAUGUGGCUAGACAUCGAGCACACGGAUGGCAAGCGAUACCUGACGUGGGACGAACACAAGUUCCCUGACCCCGUGAAGAUGACGGACCAACUCUCUGCUAAAGGCCGCAAGUUGGUUACUAUAGUCGACCCUCACAUCAAGCGCGACACUAACUACUUCUUCUACAAGGAGAACCAUGACCUCGACCACUUCAUCAAGACUAAGGACGGCUCAGAAUUUGAUGGCAAGUUAUUCUUGUUGUUUACUUGUGUGAUGAUGGUGCUAGGUGUGAUGGUGGUGCUAGGUGUGAUGGUGGUGCUAGGUGUGAUGAUGGUGCUAGGUGUGGUGAUGGUGCUAGGUGUGAUGGCGGUGCUAGGUGUGAUGGCGGUGCUAGGUGUGAUGGUGGUGCUAGGUGUGAUGAUGGUGCUAGGUGUGAUGAUGGUGCUAGGUGUGGUGAGUGUGAUGAUGGUGUCAAAUGUGGGUUCAACUCUAGACACGUUCACUUGGAAUGACAUGAACGAACCCUCCGUGUUCAACGGCCCUGAGGUGACCAUGCAGAAGGACUGCGUCCACCCUGGUGUUGGCGUCGAGCAUCGUGAACUCCACAACGUCAACGGCAUGUUGUUUCACUCUGCCACGUACGAGGCACACCUCCAGCGCAGCAACAACCGUCUUCGGCCGUUCGUGCUGACGCGGUCAGCGUACGCAGGUUCGCAGCGCACAGCAGCCAUCUGGACGGGUGACAACACAGCGGACUGGGGACACCUCAAGUAUUCUGUGCCUAUGAUCCUCUCACUCAGUAUCACGGGACUGUCACACGCCGGUGCUGAUAUUGGCGGCUUCUUUGGCAAUCCUGAACCUGCAUUGCUCGCCCGGUGGUACCAGGCAGCAGCAUACACGCCCUUCAUGUGUGCGCACGCACACAUCGACACGAAGCGACGGGAGCCGUGGCUGUUCGAGCGCCCCACGCUAGCGGUGAUAAGACGCGCCAUCAAGGACCGCUACCGCCUCCUGCCGCUGUGGUACACGCUCUUCUGGCACAACCAAAGAACUGGCGAGUCACCCUCACUAUAUGGUAUAUGGUAUAAGGUACCGCCUCCUGCCGCUGUGGUACACGCUCUUCUGGCACAACCAAAGAACUGGCGAGUCACCCUCACUAUAUGGUACCGCCUCCUGCCGCUGUGGUACACGCUCUUCUGGCACAACCAAAGAACUGGUACCGCCUCCUGCCGCUGUGGUACACGCUCUUCUGGCACAACCAAAGAACUGGCGAGUCACCCUCACUAUAUGGUAUAUGGUAUAAGGUACCGCCUCCUGCCGCUGUGGUACACGCUCUUCUGGCACAACCAAAGAACUGGUGCCCCGCCGAUGCGUCCCAUGUGGGUCGAGUUCCCAGGAGACGAGCAGACGUUUGACUUGGACCUGCAGUACAUGGUCGGCAGCAGCCUGCUGGUCGCGCCCGUUGUGGAGUCAGGAGCGACGGCAUUGACGGUGUACUUCCCCACCGGCAUUUGGUACGACGUCCUGGACAAUUCGGUCGUGCAAGGCCCCGGCACCGCCUCCGUCCACGCGCCUCCUGAGAAGAUCCCCGUAUUCCAACGUGGAGGCAGCAUCGUGCCCCGGAAGGAGCGUGUGCGCCGCUCGUCAGCGCUCAUGAGAGACGACCCCUACACGCUCAUCAUCGCGCUCGAUAAGGACGGCAACGCUGCUGGCGACCUCUACAUUGAUGACGAACACACCAUGGCAUAUAAGAACAAUGAGUAUCUGUACAUACAACUGAAGUUCAGCAAGAAUGAGCUGAGCAGCUCGGUGGUGGAGCCUCAGUCACCCACCUACUCCACCAAGAGCUGGCUGGAGAGGGUCGUCGUGCUGGGCCUUGCUACGCCACCUACUAAAGUCACUCUCACGCUGAAAGGUGGUAAGGUCGUGUCUCUGGAGGGCUCGUACAGCGCAGCACGGGACGGAGUGGCUAGUCGGCUCAUCAUCCGCAAGCCUGACAUCAACAUCGCUCAGACCUACACUAUUGCCCUGCACUAUUAACUUCUGUCAUCAUUGUGCAACCCUUCCUGCCUCAAAUUCUUCACUGUAUCAUUAUUGAGCUUCACUCCUGCCUCAAUUUCUUUCUAUGGCACUCACUCUGUUCAUUUUAUGUUAACCAAGGUGAAGGUAUUGCUGUAAUUAUCUUCGGCAAUUACUGAUAUUUUUUCUAUUUUGUAUGAAAUCGAAAUCAUUUUUAAUUGAUAUCGCAUCUUCGUAGCAUCCCUCUUGGAAGUAUUAAGCAACUUCGUUAAAUUCAACAAGGCAAGAGAAAGAAAGUAUUCAAGAAAACUCUAUUUUAGUUCGUAUCAUUCCUAGUUACAUGUAAACUUUAACAUGGUUGUGGUUCGGUAUGAAAAAGCUUUGAUGCGACAUUUUGUUUUGGACAAAGAUAUUUGCUAAAUGUGUAAUUCAUGUAUGUUAAAUUUGAAGCAUGAAUUAAAAUUGAGAAAAAACUUACUUUAUGAUCUGACUGAGAUUAUGAUGGAAGAACUCUGUUAUUGCUGCAAUUCCAGUUUGAAUUAAGCAGAUGUGAAUUUUGUGUUGUACUUCCUAAGAUGUAUUGCUGUUCAAUAAGACUUGGUGUGAAUGUUUUUACGUAUGAGCUAUUUAUUACUGUUGGUGUGGGCAAUGCUAUGUUGAUUUAACUUGGCUAGGCUCAUGGUUUUCAAGAUUUACUCGCCAUAGUUACGUCUAUUCGCAACCGCUUCUAUGGUGUUUAGUGUCAAAAUCCAAGUAUGCAUUGAAUUACUAUGUACAAUAAACUGUCGUACUAUCUUUAUUCCACUUUUACAAUAUUUUUCUUUUCAACAGUUCAUUGGGGAUAUUAUUUUUUAUUUGAAUGUUUUUAUGUAGGGAGACUUGUUGCUAUGGGUUGAAAUAGCUUGAUCGUCACAUCGAUGUUAAGGAGGAUUUACGCAUUCUUGCCCUUAUUCGUUCUUGUUAUUAUUGACGUAUGUGCAAAAAUGUAUCAAGUCCUCAGUUCUAAUGAGUGUAACGCAGAUAUUUAUUAGUAAACUUGUCGACUUAGUUCAGUUGCUUUCAUGAAGAACGCAAUAAAUCGAUCUUAAGUUAUACGUAGAAUAUGAUAAGUUGUCACACAUGUGGUUUUGCACUUGAAACUUGAAUUUUAGCUGUAGCUGUGUGUAACUAGGGUUAGUUAAGAUUUUUUCAUAACUGCCAUCAUACAUUUACAGCGGGCAUGCUAGCGUAUUGUUCGAGUUUGUUUCAAUGCGAUCAUCUUGCUCGAAAUUUUAUGUGAAUUCAGAGCAUCAACUUCAGGCACAAUACAUUCACUCAGUCACAAUUGUCCCUGUGCUGAGGCUUUGUGGAGGCUUGUUGAAUUGUUUAUCGUAUGAUCACCAGUUUGAGCCCAAUAAAUUUGUAAGAAAGCUCA